AUGGUCAAAGAAACAGAAUAUUAUGAUAUCUUAGGUAUCCAACCGACUGCUACAUCAGCAGAAAUCAAAAAGGCUUAUCGUAGAAAAGCUAUGGAAACUCAUCCAGACAAACAUCCAAAUGAUCCAACUGCACAAUCUAAAUUUCAAGCUGUAGGUGAAGCCUAUCAAGUAUUGAGUGACCCUACUUUACGUGAUCAAUAUGAUAAGUUCGGUAAAGACAAUGCUAUACCACAAUCUGGGUUUGAGGACGCUAAUGAAUAUUUCACUAUGAUCUUCGGCGGUGACGGUUUCAAAGAUUGGAUCGGUGAAUUUUCCUUAUUCAAAGAAUUGAAUUCGAUGACUGAAGAUGAUAUCAAUUUGAAUGGUAAUAUGUCAGCAACUAAUUCCAAUCCAAAUGCAAAUUUAAAUCCAAACGGUUCUCAUUCGUCUGUAACUGGAGAUGUAGAUUUAAUGGCUAAUGAUUCAUUAUCAAACAAUUCAAAUAAAAAUAAAAAUAAAAUGACUAAAGAACAAAGAGAAAAAUUAUUGGAACUUGAAAAGGCAAGACGUGAAGAUAUACAGAAGCAAGUCGAUGAGCUAUCGACCAAGUUGAAAGAUAGGAUAGAGGAGUAUUUGAUUUCACAAAGAGACCAUCGUUUAGAUGAGUUUGGCAAUAAAUUGAAUCAAGAGAUCGAAGAAUUGAAAUUGGAAAGUUUCGGUAUGGAACUAUUGCAUCUUUUAUCAAGAGUUUAUAAAACUAAAGCUAACGACUAUUUAAUGGCAAAAAAAACAUUUGGUUUCUCAAAGAUUAUUACUGGGACACGUGAAAAUGCACGUACUGUGAAAUCUGCAUAUAAUCUAUUAUCAACAGGUUUGGAGGCGCAAAAAUCUAUGGAAGAAAUGCAAAAGAUUAACCCUGAUGACUUGGAUCCAGCUGAAAGAGUCAAAUUUGAAUCACAAAUGGCAGGUAAGGCAUUAGGUGUCAUGUGGGCAAUGUCGAAAUUUGAGUUAGAAAGAAAAUUGAAAGAAGUUUGUAAUAAAUUAUUACAGGAUAAGUCUGUGUCUUCAAGAGAACGUAAAGAAAGAGCGAAGGCAUUACUAUAUUUUGCUGAUAAAUUCGCUAAGGCAAGAAGAACUCCUGAAGAAGCUGAAGAAGCUCGUGUAUUUGAAGAAUUGAUUUUAGGUGAACAAGAAAAGAAUCAAAAAAAAUAUUCUACUAGAUAG